AUGGAUUACCAGUACGACAAUCCAGGCCCUUCCCAGACACAGGACGACAACCUCCCGUCCGAGAUGGAUUACCAGUACGACAAUCCAGGCCCAUCUCCGAUACAGGAAGACAACCUCCCGUCCGAAAUGGAUUACCAGCACGACAAAUCAGGCCCAUCGCCCGACGCAGGCUCGUCCGGGUUCAGAUUUAGAGACCUGCCUUAUGACAUCCGCCAUCAGAUUUGGCUCGAAGCUAUGCCACCAACGACUAUACAGCUCAUGUGCGAUGGAGGCAAUAAGCAGCCUCUCAGAGGCGAUGCCCGCGACAUUAGCCAUGUCAACCGUGAAGCUCGGGCUAUAGCCCUAGCCACUCACCCUCUCUGGCUCCGGGACUCGCUGCUCAGCUGGGUUCGGAUGGAUCCUGUUCACGACACCCUUCUCACCUCCUUCCUCAGGCUCCCCCCUUUCCCGCAUCGUCGAUCGCCGCUUCGAAAAGUGGUUUCUACUUUCAAAUGGCCGCAUCUCUACAACUUCCACUGGGAGCGCUUUCGCAUGAGGAGUAAAAUAGGGUGGUUCCAGCUCUAUAAUCACCCCUACCUCCAUGAGUACACGAUGCUGUGCGAGAAAGCAUACCCAAUUCUCUGGAUCCCCGGGUGCCAAAUGCACGAUCCCCAGCCAAUCAGAGAUACGGGAGUCAAGUGGCCGACGAACGGUCCCGGUGACAUGAACCGGUAUGCGAACAGGCUCGCCAUUAUACGGAGAGACCAAUUCGCAGCUGAGUUCGCCAGAGAGCAUGGACACUCGCCUUCUCAUAUGCUGGACUGGUUCAUAUAUCGCAUCGGCCUCAUGGGCUAUUCGAAGAAUGCAACCUCGGUCGGAGGUCAUUGGGCCGGAUUCCGCUUCUUUGUGGACACCAAGCGAGUCGAGUUUACUCCGCUGGCAUAUCACGACGUGAAGGAUCACCUCGAGAUGGGCGUGGAUAGCCAAGGCGUGCUACCAGAGGUGGCGGUUCGCGUGUGGGUGAUCCGGCCAGGCCAGAAGUCGACGGCGCCCGACGAGUCGUAUCAUGGAUGGGAGCGAGUCAAGGAGUACUCGGCAGGAGAGGGCAGGAGAACGCAGAAGAUCCGGGCGCUGUGGCAGCUGACGCGGGUCACGUUCAACUAUAACCAACAGUUCGCACGAACCCUGAAACGCCGCGGGGAUUAGUAGCGGCGGGGAUGUCAGAUAGAUUGGCUGUUAAGAGCCUGUGAAGGAAGAUAGUGUUUUGGGGAUCUAACCACCGAGCUAGGAGAAACUUGUAUCUUUUUGAGACGAUCAUAGAUAGCAUGAAUAACAAAUUCCCUUUUUUUUCUUC